CGUCUUCGGACUCCACACCUCCUGACUCGCAGUAUUGACUCGACGUCCAACACAUUUCAACCAACCCAUCCACUCAACUUUGGAACCAUGCCAUUCGACGAUUGGAACGUCACAGAGGAGGAAGGAGAGGAAGAAUUGCAGGAUACCUCCUUUUUUGAAGGGCGACGCGACGUCAUCUUGUUCUGCAUAGACUGCUCACAAUCUAUGCAAGAACUCCGAGACGAUGCUGUCUACGAAGACGUGAAAACGUCUCACCUCCUGACGGCACUCGACGCUGCGAUGCAAGUGCAGAAGAAGAAGACCGUUUCGGGUCCGAACGAUUGGGUUGGAGUACUGCUAUAUAACACAUCGCGCCGGAAUGAGUCGAAUGAUCACACUUCUGAGAUUAAGAAGGGUACAUUUUUGUACCAGAACUUGGCACCCAUCAGUGUGGAGUCGAUACAAGAGCUAAUACGUGUGAUUGAUGACGCUCGGGAAGACCCUGAGCACUUGCGGAAGACGUUCCCUCCUCUCCCAGGAACCAAAAUGCCGAUGGGAGACGUGUUCACGAGUUGUAACUGGGUGUUGCGCGACAACGCACCAAAGACAGCGUCUAAACGCGUUUUCCUCAUUACUGACGAUGACAACCCAAGUCCUGCCAGUACCAAAAUGUUGACGUCGGCGAGGACAACGCUCAUCGAUCUCAUGCAGUCAGGAUGUGAGAAACCUUUUGACGUUACCAAGUUCUACUCGUCGGUCCUGCCGUCCAAUGUGCUUGGGGACGAAGAACUUGAGGUUUCUGGCAUACUGCCUGAUUCAAUAUCAAUCACUAGGAUAGACGACCUUCUGGAUCAGAUGCGUUUCCAUGAGCAACCUAAACGUGCCAUUUUCAGCGUUCCUUUCGAGCUUGGGAAGGGCUUCACCAUUGGUGUGAAGGGGUAUGGAUUGGUGACAGAACAGAGAAAGGGAUCGUACUUGUACUUCCUUGAUUUAGGUGACAAGAUGGAAGUAGCGAGUAGUCGGACAGCCUACGUCGAUGAGGAGAAAGAAACGGAAGUUAGUCGGAACAAAAUUCUGUUUGGCAUGCAACUUGGUCCAGAAGAAGAUGACGAAAUGGGACUUGGACCGUCACGAGUAGUCAAACGUGGUCAAAGGCCGUUCUACACUGCAGAAGAGGUUCAAUCAUUCCGCACACUCGGACUUGAGCCUGGGAUCAAGCUCCUAGGGUUCAAGGAUAAGCGAGAACUAGCUUUCGAAGAUAACGUCAAGCAUUCAGUCUUCAUUUAUCCAGAUGAGCUGAAAUACUCUGGGAGCAAGCGGACGUUCAGUGCUCUCCUUCAGAAGAUGCUUGAUAAAAGGAAAAUAGGGCUGGUCCGUGCCCUGGUUCGGCGUAACUCAAGCCCGGUCUUUUGUGCUUUGCUACCACAGGCGGAGAAGGUAGAAGAAGGUGGAUGGUGUGAACCUGGUGGUUUCCAUCUCAUCGUCUUGCCAUUCGUGGAUGAUAUUCGAGCAGCCCCCAUCGAGGAACAACUGAGAGUCUCGGAAAUGGCCAAAGAGGCGGCAAAACCUUGGAUAGAUAAAUUGUCCCUCAAGAACGGAACAUAUCCUCCCGAUUCUUAUCCGAACCCUUCACUGGCAUAUCACAAUGCCCAACUUCAGGCAGUCGCCUUCCGAGAGGAGUUCGAUAAUGAGGCAUUUGAAGAUUUGACUCGACCAAAGUAUGACAUUAUUCAUAGACGAGCGGGAUCGUUGAUGAAGGAGUGGAAAAAGGCGCUGGUAAAGGAUGAAAAUUUCAACAAUGUUUUUGCAACACCUGGAGUCAAACGGAAGGCGGAUAUCACUGUUGACGAAGCUGAGCUCCGGAGCAAACACGAGUUGGGCCAGUUAGACAGGCUCCGAGCGGACCAACUCAAGGACUUCCUUAGGAAAAAAGGUCAGUCUUCAUCAGGGAGGAAGGCGGAAUUGGUGGCGCGUGUCGAAGAGUACCUCGCGAAGCGUUCAUAACUUCACAGGUUUUCCAUUUCCACGCUCACCGUUAUAUGGACAGAGUUUCUUCACCGUUUGUAAAUUCGAUGACUGAUGACUGUAGUUAUCCUGUCGUACUCAGAGGAAUAUUUAAUUAUCGUGCAAGCG